AUGGCUGCCACUCACACCUCACUCCUUGCUAUCGCUACGCUCGUUCUAAUUUUCACUCUCGCUGAGUGCCGAGUAAGAGUUACAAAAUGCCCAAGUGGGACUCCUGCAUGCUCUCACGGCACAUGUCUGCAGGCGAUAGGUCGUGACGAGAGUGGUAGAAUUGUGAAUGAACAGCGCUGUAUCUGCGACCGCACGUAUUAUGGAGAGGCGUGUACCACCCUUGUUGAUAGUGACUUCUCCGAGUCCAUGAUAAUUAGUCCUCCUGAUAAGACCAGAAAUUUCUUCAUUGAUUGGUUAGAUGUAGAAGAUCCAGUCGACGAAAAGCAUACCUACGGUGGCGGUAUUUAA